AACGAAGAAGAAUAAAAAGCGGAAGUACCUCCAGCUUUCUAGAAAUCGGUGACCCAGGCCGGCUCGCUGAUAGUUGGAACAUGUUAUCUGUAAAUGUCCUCCGCAGAUUACGACCUUGUGGACUGUAUCAGUCGGUAAACUUUGACGUCACCGUCAGGCCCGCGAGGCUCGGAGCUCGCUCGUUCAGCGCGUGCUGUGUUCGGGGGGUGAAGCAGCUGCACGCGGGUAGAAGGUCGAGCCUCCUCAACAACCAGGCUCCUCCUUCCCUAUGUCCCUCCAUCAGAUGUGUCUCCACGGCAACGCCCUCCACGGACGGGGAGCUCAUUUACACCGGCAGUCUGGGUCGUGCUGUUAGAGGGGUGAAGAUGUUCUCGUACAGCAGCAGUGGGGCCAGCCUCUUCAUCAUGCCUCAGAUCCUCCUGAAGACCGGGUUCGGGGUCCAGAGCUUGGCCCUGCAGGCAGCGUUCUGCGGCUUCAUUGGGAUGUUCAUCUUCGUAACCCCCGUCGUCCUCCACUUUUUCACCCGGGGCUACGUGGUCCGCCUCUACCACCACCCGGACACGGACACCUACACCGCCGUCACUUACAGCGUCUUCCUGACCGAGAAGAGGAACGUGUUCCACCAGACGCAGGUGCGGAUCCCCGCCGUCAGCAAGAUGUUCACCACCUUCUACGCGGGAGGCACGGGUCUGCUGGUGAACCCCGACCUGUUCGCCAUGCCUCAGGACUACAACCACCUGAUGGGCUACGACAAACCCUUCAGCUUCCAGCCAGAGGACAUGGACAGCUGAGAGACGUGUGUGUGAUCUACAGGACUGUGUGUUUGCUGAAGGGAGACAUCAGGGCAGGACUGACAUGGGUGCUGUUGUCUUCUUAAAGCUGGGCUCUGUUUUUAAAACAUGUUGGGGUCUAAAUGACUGAAGGGUACCAAAACUCUCCAGUAGAUUAGUUCAUCCUGCAGCAGUGAAACAGGCUUUGAUGUCCAAAGUGUGUCCACCAGAAGAUGUUGUUUUUCUUUACCAAAAAAUGCAAGCAACCUCCUGCACACUGUCUAAGUUGAACAAAUACAUUGGCGACAUUCGACCAAAACGUUGCCAAUGUAUUUUUUUUUGUUGCAAUUCCGACAGUGUUAGCUCCUCUGAUCUCUUGCUUACACCUCUGUUAUUACCUCUGAUGGUGGACUAGAGGUGAAACGGCUUCGUCCCACCGUUCAUCUUCCAGGAGUGUCAGGGGGCGUAAAUAUGCAUCUUUAUGCUGGUAGUGUGUAAUGUUCAACAAAGAGAGACGUCCUCUGUUAUGCGACGAUUGCAGUGAGACCUCCCAUGUUGAGUAUGAUCGGUUGUAUUCAUUGUUUUUGUGCUGGUCAUCCUUUUAAACGUUAUUCUGAACUCUUAUGUUUCGCUACAUCACUAAGAACUAGCCGCUCUGCACCGGGUUAAGCUCAGAAUCUUUCCUGCUUUUUCAUCCUCUGCCAAUCACAUCCCUGUGUAAAGUAGUCACCAUGUAAAGAAAUCUGCAAGAGGAACUCUGAAACGUCACCUACCUUUAAGUCAUUUAGAUUAUAUAUUUAAAAAAAGUAUAAACAGUGCCCAGAUUACAAAAAAAUCCUGCUUUGUGUUUUUUUUCUGUCGAUAUGAAGAAACAGAAUUCUACUAUUAAAUGAUAUCUUCAGUAUCAUGAUGUUA